GUUGUGAGAACAGUGAGGAGAAUGACACUCCGUGAGGGUACAGCUAAUCUCUCUUCCUACGUAACCUCUAGUGACACACCCAUUAUUCAGGGCACACUAACAUUAAUCUUGUCUGGUAUUGCGUAUAUUGCAUGUAUGUAGCCGUCUAUAUGGGAGAAAGGAGGCAUCCUCUUUCACUCACAAUUUGAUUUCGUCAGAAUUUCGCCCUCUCUAUGGGAGAUGUGUAAUGGUUUAAGUGAAUGCUAGUUUCUCCUUAAUUUAGCUCUUUCUAUAUGGGAGAGGUGCAUUGGUUUAAGUGAAUGCUAGUUUCUCCUUAAUUUAGCUCUUUCUAUAGAAGGGGAGAUAAAUUGGGUUUUCACACACACUAUCGUGCAUGAAAAAAUGAUGUAAGACUAAUCUUUCUCUUCCCUCCCAUAGAGAGGGCUACAUUCAGGGGAAACUACAGGGAGACAGGAUUUUGGUGUACCUGGGGAUAAUUGACAUCCUCCAGAGCUACCGACUGAAGAAGAAAUUUGAACACACCCUCAAAUCUAUGAUCACCGAUGGAAACACGGUGUCAGUUCACAACCCGAGCUACUACUCCAGGAGAUUCUACGACUUCCUCCAGAAGGUCGUCUUUGUCAAGGAGAAAGCUAAGGCCAGAGGUCGCAAGGCCUCCAAGUUGCCGGGCGGGGUCAGACGGGUGGUGCAGACAGGGGGUGUGGUCAGAACUCAGAGCAUGCCACACAGUCGAGACCGGUUCCACUCACAGCAACAUCAGCAGAGGAGACCGGUGGCCCCAGAGCUGUCACCAAACUCCACGGCCACCUUCUCUCCUCCUCCUCUCACAUCUGGCGAAUCGUCCGCCACUCCGGGGAAAUCAAACCUCAAACAAAGUUCCCAGUUUGAGAGAAAGAGAGAAGGUUCUCCUGCGAAGACAACAGCCGACGAAGAAACGAACCUCUUGCCGGAGAUCCCUACAAUAGAGGUGCUGUCCAGUGGGACCGAGGAAGAAGGGGGAGAGGGUUCAAAGGUCGGGAAGACACCGGUGAAGGGGGUGCGGUUUGCGGACGAGGUGGAUGAGGAGGAGGAGGAGGAGGGAGUGAGGUGGGAGGUGGCAAAAACGAGAAACAGUCUACGGAAACAAACGAUACGACGUUGCCUGCAGUUUCAGAACUAAGUACUAGUGCAAAGAAAACCGCGGAAGAGGAAGAUAAAGAUAGAGAAGAAAUGAUGGAGAGUGUGGAUUUUGACAAAGUCACAGGGACAAGUACACCAAUCAUUGAAGUAAGCCCUGCUCUCGCGAAACGUGGUUUAACCCCAGAUAGCCAGGCCUUGACGAGUAGUGCUGACUCGUCAUCAGCAGUGGAGGAGAGAGAAGAGGUCAUAGUGGCGACAAUGGACGGAGAGAGAGAGCAUCAGAGCAGAGAAAAAACUAUUUCCGAGUCAGGAGAAAGUGAGACUAGCACGGCUGCCGAGGAAUGUAGCAAGUUGUAAUUUUGAUGGUGGGAAAUUAGUUUCAUGUUGUUUAUCAGUUAUUAUUGUUGUAAUAGCUUCAUGAAGAGUUUUAUACAAACCCAAUCAGCUAGCUACUAUUGUUACGUGGCGGCGCGCGCGCAAUCUGCGCAAAAUGCGACGAAGUUUACGAGGGAUUUGGACGACUGUUGUUGUGACGUUGGCGGCGUUUUUCGCCGUCUGUAGCACCGACGGAGGUACGAACGUCUCCAGCUAUGGAAGUGGAAGCAGUGGCUCCGGAUCAGGGGGACAAAUACCCGUGGCAAUGCUCCCAACGGAGGUCGUGGUGGGAUUUGAGAGAUCCAGUGUGUUUGUGAGGGAGGGGAGGAGGAGCGUGGAGCUGUGUGCGGCCAUCUUCGAGCCGUUCCAGGCCCCCUUUGCAGAGCCCUUCUCUGUGGCCAUUGCCACUGAGGAUGGAAAUGCCAAGGCAGGGGUAGACUACAUGAGCACCAGGCAGGUCCUGGGGCCAUUUGACAACACCACACGCAGACUGUGUGCCCAAGUCUUACUCAUCGACGACCCUGUCUGCGAGAGCAACCCGUACCCCGAGGAUUUCUCUGUUACCAUGGUCACCAGUGAUGCCAACGUCACCGUGGUUCCCAGGAGGAUCGGCGUUGCUAUUGACGACAGUGGCGAGCCCGAAUGCAACUCGGUGUGUGUGGGAUUUGACAGUACGUCCUACGUGGUCGUGGAGGAGGUCGGGCACGUGCAGGUGUGCGUGAGGGUCCUCUGUCCCGAUCAGACCGUCCUGAGAGACGUGUUUGUCCAACUCACCACCUAUGGCAACACUGCCAAAGCAGGGAAGGAUUUCGUUCUACUGGACCACGUCACGGUGGGUCCACUGGGACCUUACACCAGAAGUCGCUGUGUGGCCGUCGAGAUAAUAGACGACGGAGAGUGCGAGCGGUCAGAGAGGUUCUACCUCAGUCUGCAAUCCUCUGACCCUCUCGUCUCGUUUCCCGUCAAUAAUGCUCAGGUGGUCAUCGAUGGCACAACUGAGUUUGACGAUUGUGCCAGUGUAAGAGCAGGGUUCAUCCAGACUCACUACGAGGUGAGAGAGAGCAAUGGAAUUAUCAUGGCGUGUGUUGGAGCUUUUGAACCGGAGAGGUUUGGAGCUCGUUUCAACCUGACCGCCAACACCAGAGACGGCACGGCAAGAAGAGGAACCGAUUACGUUCCUCUGGUGGGCGUGUUGGUGGGUCCGCUGGACAGAACCUCUCGAAUUAAAUGUUUUCCAGUGACGUUCGUCAACGACAACGUCUGUGGGGACGACCCUGGAACUUUCUUCACGAUUGAACUCUCGACACACGACGAUCAUGUCUUUGUGUCUCCCUAUGCCACCAGAGUGUACAUCCAGGAGGCCAUUGACUGCAUCCCGGUGAGAGUUGGUCUUGUCGUCACCACAUCAGGAGUCAGAGAAGACGAGCUAGUGGCGACAGCCUGCGCCACAGUCUUCUCUCCCCCGGUACUGGAGAGGGAGGUGUCAGUUAUGGCCUCCUCACGCUCCCAGACUGCAGAUGAAGGAGAUGACUUCCUAGGUAUAGAAGGUAAAGAGCUGAUAUUCUCCAGGGACACCAGGACACUGUGUUUCAAUGUGACCAUCUUGAACGACGGAGAUUGCGAAGGUCUCGAGUUUUUCUCUCUCUCCCUGACGUCCUCCCAGCAGAGGGUUGUGGUGGCUCCCUCCACUGGUUACGUCAUCAUCAGUGAUCCUCCCCUCUGCACGUCGGUAGAGGUGGGUCUGGAGCAGCAGUCAUUCACCACAUACGAGGGAGCCGGCAGUACUGAGGUGUGUGUGAGGAUAGAGAGAGGGGGUUUCCCCACCACACAGCCAUUCAGUCUCCUCGUCUCCACGCAGGACGCCAGUGCCACUGCCCCCUCUGAUUAUCUCGCUCUCUCUGAUGUCGUCAUCGGUCCCUUCACCGCCAGCAACACCGUCCAGUGUUUCUCCGUUACCAUAGUGAGAGACGCCGUGUGCGAGGGAGAGGUUGACGAGGAGGGGUAUCCCCGUCCGGAGGUGUUCAGUGCCAUCGUCAGGAGCGAGGAAGGAUCCAGUGUAGAGGUCAGGGGGUCGAGCAGCGUUGCCACUAUCACCAUUGAGGAGGCAGCUGAGUGCAUUCCAGUGGUGGUGGGGUUCGAUCAGGUCAGCUACACCGCCAGAGAGACUGACGAACCUCUCGGCGUUGUGGUUAACGUGUCGUCACCAGUCGUCCUCAGGAGG